AUGACAGGCACUGGAAGAUCAAUUAGAGCUAAGAAGUUGACUCCCAGAUUUAUGGGUCCCUAUGAGAUUCUCGAAAAAGUUGGGCUGGUAGCCUACCGGGUUGCCUUACCUCCUCUUUUAGCCAAUGUCCACAAUGUAUUUCAUGUAUCAAAGUUGAAAAAGUAUCAUCCAGACCCGUCCCAUAUCAUUGAACUAGAGGAGAUUGAAUUACGAGAAAAUAUGACCUACAAAGCAAAACCAGAAAGAAUUAUUGAUGUUAGAGAUAAACAGUUAAGAAACAAAACCAUCCGACUUGUUAAGGUCAUAUGGAGGGGAAUGCCCCCAGGUGAUGCUACUUGGGAAACCGAAGAAAAGAUGAAAUAA